AUGUCGAUGGGAAACGACACGACGUGGGUCGGGAAGAAACCGAUCAGACGCAUCGGCGGAUUGUCUGAUGCUCUCGCCAUCGCCUCCGAUCUUGGUUUCGCCGUCGCUCCUCCUCCGUCGCAGGAAGAAUUACAAAGCUUGGCGUUUUCAAAUGGCGAAAGAGGUGACGAUUUAAUAAGGGUCUUGAGAGAAUUAUCUGCUGUCCAAAGGAAAAUUGCAGACUUGCAGGUCGAGCUUCAAGGGAGAAAGGAUGAUAAAAAUGUGGCACAUUUGACUCACGUGAGUGAAAUGCAAAAGAAAAUCGAGACUCUGUCAAGGAUUACUCAAAUAUUGAAGGACGUUAUACAAAACAAGGAUCGCAUCAUUGCUCGUCUCCAACAACCUUAUUCGCUAGAUUGCAUUCCAGUUGAAGCAGAAUAUCAGAAACAAUUUUCAGAGUUGCUAAUGAAGGCCGCCAGUGAUUAUGGUGCCUUAACAGCAUCAGUGUCUGAUUUUCAGUGGAGCCAAAACUUUAAAGAACCUCCUACAGUCUGGGGGGAAAUGCUGCGUCCAAUUCCGGUGGCACUAGCGUCAUGCACGAGAUUCUUUGAGGCCAUGUCUGCAAUGAGAGAAUCAUUUGCGACUCUUCAAGAACUUAGAGUUGGUAACUCUGCGCCUUCUUUACCAACAACACCAGGAGGGAGCGACAUGACGCAUAGAGACUCAGAUUGUGUGACUCCACCUCAAGGCAGAGCUGAUUCAAGCUUCGACGACUUAGCUGUUCAGGGCACAAGGAGACUUAACAAUGACCAAUAUGAAGGAGAAGAAGAUGAUGAUAGUAACAAUGAGAAUGGUCAAGUUGACCGGAGACUAUCUUGGCCACCUUCGGUUAAGAAGAGUAGUGUUUAA